ACAAAAACUUUGGUCAUUUGGUAGUGUGUCAAACAUAAGAAUUGCCAAAAGAAUCCAACAUAAGUAGUCACCCAUCAAUGAUUCGACUAUAAAUACAUACACAUAUGCCUAGUUUAGUUCUUGCAUGCCUUACGAAAAAAGAUGAAGAGAAUCGUCCUAAGAUGUGUAGUUACACUUCUAUUGAUCAGUGUUUCAAUUACAGAAGCAAUAGAGAAUCCACACAACAGACACAGAGACAACAACAAGAAUAGCUUGGCAAAAAGAAACAAGACAGUCAAAAGCAGCAGAAGAAGAAGCCGAAUUAGAAACGGUGAAGCCUUCGCAACAAAGUGUGACGUGUUUUUCCGGUGCAUUUUCGGCACUUGCGGUCAAUGGAAUUUCCCACUUAUCCCUUGUCCUGAAAACCCUUUUUUGCCUCCUCCGGUGAUCUUACCACCGCCUCUUCUCCUUCCUCCCCCACCGUUACUCCCUGUUGUCACACCCUGCCCACCACCGCCGCCUCCAGUCAUAGUCAACGGUGCACCACCAUGUGUUACUUGUGUACAACCAUCACCGCCACCGCCAGUUCCGGUUCCUUGCCCACCUCCACCAUCGCCUCCUCCACAGCCUUGCAUUACUUGUGUCCCAACCCCUGCACUGCCACCUCCUCAGCCUUGCAUCACUUGUGUGCCUGCCCCAGAACCACCAACUCCUCAGCCUUGCAUUAAUUGUGUGGUAGCACCAGCUCCACCGGCACCAGUACCUUGUCCGCCGCCGCCAGUACAUCCGGUUAUGCCAUUUGUCCCUACGCCGAUUUUUACACACCCUCCAUUGCCACCAUCGGUGACGCCGUCUCCUGUUCCAAUCCUACCUCCACCUACUACUCCGGUACUGCCGCUGCCUCCACCUACUGCUCCGGUACUGCCCCUGCCUCCACCUACUGCGCCACUUCCGCCACCAUUAUCUUCUUCUCUUCCCUCACCACCUCUUCCAUUAGUUUUAUCGCCACCACCAUCACUACCUGGCGGCACGGUUUCACAGCCACCGUUUACAAUGACUCCGCCUCCUCUUUUAGGCGGUGGAGCUCCGGGAAUCACCGGCUCACCUCCUGGUCCUCUUUUAGGUGGCGGAGCCCCAGGAACUGUCGGUACAUCUCCUCCGCCGCUAGUUGCCGACCUACCGCCCAUGCCAUCAAUAGCAUGGUUUUCGCCGCCUGAUAUACCUACAGGCUCACAGCCGCCAACUCCAGUUUUUCUCCUUCCUCCGCCAUUAGACCGGUCUACAUUAACGCCGCCAGCUGCACAAUUUUUACCGCCGGUUAUAACCACCGGAACUCCUCCACCGGUAGAUGACCUCCCACCGGAUGUAGUCAUCGGAGAACCGCUGAUUCCAUCGCCGCCUGACCAAUCUUCGCCGGAGCUUCCACCACCUGAUGUAACCAUCGAACCACCAAUUGAACAGUCAACACCUUCGCCACCAGUCAUUCCCGUGACUCUUGCUCCACCGGUUCAAGAUUUCCCGCCAAUUUUACCCCCACCGGUUGAAGACCUCCCUUCGAUUUUACCUCCGCCGGCUGAAGAUUUCCCACCGAUUUUGCCUCCACCGGUUGAAAACCUCCCUUCGAUUUUACCUCCGCCGGCUGAAAAUUUCCCGCCGAGUUUGCCUCCACCGGUGCAAGACUUACCUCCGCCGGUUGAAGACCUCCCUUCAAUUUUACCGCCACCGGUUCAAGAAUUCCCGCCGAUUUUACCUCCGCCGGUUGAAGAGAUACCGCCGGUGAUUACAUUACCUCCGCCGGUUGAAGAGAUACCGCCGGCAUUUACAUUACCACCGACUGUAGAAGAUCCUUCGACAGUUCCGGUAUUCUCCGCACCACCGGUCCUCGGAGAUUACCCACCGCAAACUCCCGUAUUUACGAAUCCGCCAGAGGUCACGAAUCCAUGGCUACCGCCGGACCAAACGCCGGUAACGUCAUUCGCGCCACCGAUCGAGUCAAUCCCAACAAUACCGGAAAAUCCAUUCCCGGUUACACCAAACCCGGACAUGGGUUCAAAUCAACCGUUGGUUCAGCUUCCUCCGCCCACUUGGGAUUCACCGCCGUUUAAUCGUUAAUUUUCUAAUAUAUUUCAAAAUUCUGUUCUUUUUUUUUUAUAAAAAUCAUGUAAUGGUGUAAUCUUAAAAUAGCUGCAAUGCCACGUUGUACAAAUUCAUUGGCUGUCAUUUGCAUUUCAAUAAGAAGAAGGAGACUGAGUUUCCCACGUGUCAUUUUAUGUU